AUGUUGAACGGCAGCGGGAUCAAGUUCUUCACCGGAACGAGCCAUCCAGAGCUCGCAGAGUUGGUCGCACGACGACUUGGCAUUCCUCUCUCGCGGGCGAACGUAAGCAGGAGUGGGAUCGGAGAGUCGAAUGUGACCAUCGUAGAGUCGGUGCGCGAGGACGACGUCUAUAUCCUCAAUACCGGUUGCGGGGAGAUCAAUACCUCGCUUAUGGAGCUCUGUAUUAUGAUCCACGCGUGCAAAAUUGCUAGUGCUAGGCGCAUCACUGCGGUCGUCCCCCUUUUCCCGUAUGCCCGCCAGGACAAGAAGGACAAGUCGCGCGCGCCGAUCACAGCAAAACUUGUGGCGAACAUGCUGCAAAAGUCUGGAUGCGAUCAUGUCAUUACCAUGGAUCUGCAUGCAUCUCAGAUUCAGGGAUUCUUUGACGUGCCGGUUGACAACGUGAGCUUGUAUGCAGAACCAUCGGUGAUCUUGUAUGUCCGGACGCAUUUCGAUUUGUCGGACGUCGUCAUCGUUUCGCCUGAUGCUGGCGGUGCAAAACGGGCGACUUCCAUGGCGGACCGGCUCGGAGUGGACUUUGCGUUAUUCCAUAAAGAACGCAAAAAGGCCAAUGAGGUAUCGCGGAUGGUGCUUGUUGGCCAUGUCCGGGACAAGACGGCCAUUUUGGUGGACGACAUGGCGGACACAUGCGGCACGCUAGUGCUAGCGGCGAGGCAUCUAGCGGAGGCGGGCGCAAAGCGGGUGUUGGCCAUCGUGACGCACGGCAUCCUGAGCGGGAACGCGCUCUCGGCGGUGGAGAGCAGCGCGUUGGAGAAGCUGAUCGUGACGAACACGCUACCCCAGAAAGCCAAACAAGAGCAAUGCAGCAAGAUUGAGGUGAUCGACAUUGCGGCGGUCCUUGCGGAGGUCAUCCGACGGAGCCACUACGGGGAGAGCGUGUCGAAGCUAUUCAACGAGGUUCCGUACUAG